AUGGACACCAGUGCCAACACCAACUGCACUAGACUCAACCUAGGUAUGACUGAAUGAGAUAGAUAGAUAGAUUCCAUACUGAACUUUUCUCCCCCAAAUCACAGCACACCUUCGCAUACUUCACAGAAUAUGAUUCCCUCCAGAAGCUGGCUCUCCGACCAGGUGUUUCAUUGGAUGAGAAACACCUGGCAGCACCGUGUGGUGUAGAUUGAGAUCUCACAUUGUUGACUUAAGUCCAACUCAUGCAGAGGAAACUCUACACACUGAUAUGCCCAGUGGGAGUUAUGCAUGAUGGACAGUUACAGUAUGAAUUCCCCAUAUAGGCCUCCCGAUGAUGCAUUAAACAUAGUAUCAUAGCAUCAGCUUGACUUUGUGAUUUCAUUGAUAUUUUUGAAUUUGUCUAAUGUUGUUGUUCAUUCAAUGCAAUUUUUUUUAUUUUAUUUCUCUGUCUGCUUUCAUUCGUUCCUUCAAGGAAAGGUAUCCCUGAACAAUGUGUCAGAGCGCAAGGAUAAGAUGAGGCUGGGCAUGACACUGACCUCCAACCCUAAGGACAACAGCUUUGUGGUGGGUGUCAAUUAAUGUUGACUGUUGAAAAUAUUGAAUUGAGAUUUACUGUGGUCUGUGCUAAACCAAAUUGAAGGUGGUUCAUCAAUGGCUUUGUGUUCCAGACAUGUGGUCCUCUGUGGUCGUACGAAUGUGGGAGCUCCUACUACAGCACAGGAAUCUGCUCCAGGGUUAACGAAAGCUUCAAGUUCUCCAAAACCAUCUCGCCGGCCUUCCAGAGUAAAAAAAUCUACGUCUCACACACAUUCACUCACAUACACCUCAUAAGACCAUGGCUUCCCGGAGUUACUGACUGUUACUGACUGUUUCCCAUUGCUUCUUCCAGGGUGCGAGACCUACAUGGACAUAAUGAUUGUUCUGGACGGGUCCAACUCCAUCUACCCCUGGUACGAGGUGCGGGACUUCCUCAUCAACAUUCUGCAGAAGUUCUACAUUGGGCCAGGUCAGAUCCAGGUGUGUUAUCUGAAAUUCUGAUCUGAUUCUGAUAGGCAGUAUGUGUAUACACCUGAAUGGGUAUUAUUCGGUGCUUCAUGCAGUGUGCCAGUGAGUGUAUAGUCGGGUCCAAAAUUAUUGGCACCCUUGGUAAAGAUGAGCAAAAAAGACUAUAAAAUAAAUAAUACAAAUACUGAGCUAUAUUUUAUUGUAUUGUAUGCAACAACAAAAAAAUGGUCAGAGAAAGAGAUUUUGUUUAACAAUUAAUUUCAAUACUUCAGCACUCUCAAUACGGCACUGAGCCUCUUAGAUAACACAUCUGAAUUUUUGCCAAACACCUGGUUGCCUCUGCCAGGAGGCUGAAACCCCAAAGCACACAUCAAAAUCCACAAAGAAGUGGUUAAUUGACCACAAAAUCUACGUAUUUGCAGUGGCCAUCUUAGUCUCCAAUUGAACCCCAUUGAAAACCUGUGAUUUGAAUUGAUGAGGGUCUGUAAGCACAGACAAAGGAUAUCAAGGAUCUGGAAAGAUUCUGUUCAGAGGAAUGGUCUAAGAUCCCUCCCAAUGUGUUCCCCAAUCUCAUAAAACAUUUUAGAAAAAGGCUCAGUGUCGUUAUCCUCGCAAGGGAAGGGCACUGGAGAAUUGAAAACAGGGGUGCCAAUAAACAGGGCCCCCUAUCUUUUUUGUAUAUAUUUCUAUUACUUGUUAAACAAAAUCUCUUUCUCUGAGAAAUGUUAUUAGUAUAAAAUAAUAGAAUUUCCAAAAUAAUUUGCAUACAAUAUAGCUCAGCAUUUGUAUUAUUUAUUUAAUGUAGUCUUUUUUUAUCAUCUUUAUAAAGGAUGCCAAAAAUGGUGGACCUGACUGUAUGUGUGGGAGCCAGUAUCUCUACAUUCUAUGUGGAAGUUGUACCCACAGGCACAGAUCUAGGAUAAUCUUUAUCUUCCUCAAAUCCUAACCUUAACCAUCAAUGGGGAAAAUACGUCGCUGACUUUAGAUCAGCACCCAGGGGCAAGUGAAUCAUAAUCCUAUCUCUACAGGUAGGAGUGGUGCAGUAUGGGUCGAGGGUGGUCCAUGAGUUCACCCUGAAUGACUUUCGCUCCGUGGAGGAGGUGGUAGAAGCAGCCAAGACCAUCAACCAACGAGGAGGGGAGGAGACACGCACAGCCCUGGGCAUCAAUGUGGCACGGUAUGGUGAGCUGGUCCACACUGGCCAUAACCCUUAUCCUAAUCCCAAGUUUCUCAGUAUCAUUUUCCAUAGUAUUGCCUUCCGAACAGGGAGCAAAAUAAAGCACUUUGUUGCUGAAUUGUUGCUGAUUUGGUUGUGCAGUGUGUUGAGGUAAAGGCUAAAUUGCUAAUACUGUUUAUCCAUAAUGAUUGAAUGGCUAACUACCCGGUAGUUACUCAUAAGGGUUAAUGAGUUGGCUGAGAAAACACUGUAUUCGCUCAAAGGACGGAGGGAUUUAAACGGGGAGGUCGGAAAGGGGCUAAAAAAGUGAUGCUCGUGAUCACGGACGGUGAAUCCCACGACAGCCCUGACCUGCAGAAGGCCAUGGAGGACAGCAAGGCGGACAACAUCACCACGUAUGCCAUCGCUGUGAGUCAGUCUGUCACUUUUUAUAUUCCCCUGGAACACAGUAAUCCCAUCCUCUGUUCCUUCUACCACAUACUGGCCUAUCACUUACAUGUUAAAUCGUUUCCAUAUCCUGUGCUUGAAUUGAUGUUACUAUAUGAUAUUUCUUGUGCAUCUGCCUACUCUUCUAUCAAUGUUCUAUAGUAUUUCCAGAUCAUGUGCCUAGUAUUCUUUUGACGUUCUAUGGUAUUUCCAGAUCCUCUGUUUGGUAAUGACAUUGAAUGUACCACCAGGUAUUGGGCUACUACAAUCGGCGUGGGAUAAACCCAGAGGCCUUCUUGAAAGAGAUCAAGUAUAUCGCCAGUGAUCCUGACGACAAACACUUCUUCAACGUGACUGAUGAGUCGGCGCUAAAGGACAUAGUGGACGCCCUGGGAGAGAGGAUCUUCAGUCUAGAGGGUAUUCUCCUUUAAGGAGCCUUUGGUUUCACUGAUCAAGUGUUCAAGGGAUUGUAAUCUCAGAAACAGAACCCAGAAAUAAAUCUUGCAUGUAUUAGCUAGCUAGCUCCGUUUACUUCUGGGGGUGGACGUGGCUGAAUUUGAACAGCGUUUAACGUCUCUAGAGAUUGAAUGGAAUUGUGAAGUUUGUAAUGGUGGUACUAGAGAACAGUUCUGGAGGACUCCAUUGUAGCAGACUGUGAUGAUUAUUAUAAUGAAGUGUGUAGACUAACUGUCUCUUCACUGUUUUCCACAGGAAUGAACCCCAACGGGACAGGGUUCGGUCUGCAGAUGUCUCAGGCAGGCUUCUCAUCACACAUAGUGGAGGUGAGUCUCUGA